GGCCCAUGGCCCCCUUGGAGUAGUGGCCAGCCAGGCUGCGGUGGUCAAGCUUGCCAGAAGCCUGCCAGAAAGGCUGGUAAGAGACUGGGGCACUGGAGCAGGUGGACUGCCUGGAGUCAAGCCCCAUCACCCCGCUCACCCCCUUGGGGUUCUCAGGAGGCACAGAUUCUCAUGAAAUAACUUUAGGCCAGAAGAAAUGUGCUUCUUACUGCAGGCUGACCAUCAUGGUGAUGUUGGCGGGGGGGGGGGGGGGCAUUGCAAUUCAUUCUGACACAGUGUCUGACCAGUAAUCACCACUUCUCAUCCCCCUGCUGCCUCUUCAACUGUCUGUGGGCUGGGACUUGCCCUGCCUGUGCUUCUGUCUCCCUGCGCUUCUGUGUGUCUGUGCACGUGUGCAUGUGUGCAUGUGUGCAUGUGUGUAUGUGUGUUUCACUGUCUGUGCCCCCUCUCUUUCCUGUGCUCCUCUGCUGUCCCUGCCCACGUCUCACCGACCUCACCCUCAGCACUCGCAGGCUUCUCUCUACACCCGGAGUCUCAGGUGGUGGAAGAGAAUGGGACUGCUCGGUUCGAGUGCCACAUUGAAGGGCUGCCAGCGCCCGUCAUUACUUGGGAGAAGGACCAGGUACCAGUGGCUGAGGAGCCUCGGCUCAUCACUCUUCCCAACGGGGUCCUCCAGAUCCUGGACAUUCAGGAAAGUGAUGCAGGCUCCUACCGCUGCGUGGCCACCAGCUCAGUCCGCCAGCGCUUCAGCCACGAGGCCAUGCUCAGCGUGGCCCAAAGAGGGUCCCUGGCAUCCACCAGGGGGCAGGACGUGGUCAUUGUGGCAGCCCCUGAGAACACCACUGUGGUUUCGGGCCAGAGUGUAGUGAUGGAAUGUGUGGCCUCAGCUGACCCCAUCCCUUUUGUGUCCUGGGUCCGACAGGAUGGGAAGCCCAUCUCCACGGAUGUCAUCGUCCUGGGCCGCACCAACCUACUCAUCAGCAGCGCGCAGCCCCGGCACUCAGGCGUCUACGUGUGCCGCGCUAACAAGCCCCGCACGCGCGACUUCGCCACUGCGGCCGCCGAGCUCCGCGUGCUGGCGGCCCCGGCCAUCUCGCAGGCACCCGAGCCGCUGUCGCGGACGCGGGCGAGCACCGCGCGCUUCGUGUGCCGGGCGGCGGGGGAGCCGCGGCCCGCGCUGCGCUGGCUGCACGACGGGGCGCCGCUGCGGCCCAACGGGCGCGUCAAGGUGCAGGGCGGCGGCGGCAGCCUGGUCAUCACGCAGAUCGGCCUGCAGGACGCCGGCUACUACCAGUGCGUGGCCGAGAACAGCGCGGGCACCGCGUGCGCCGCCGCGCCCCUGGCCGUCGUGGUGCGCGAGGGGCUGCCCAGCGCCCCCACGCGGGUCACGGCCACGCCGCUGAGCAGCUCCGCCGUGCUGGUGGCCUGGGAGCGCCCCGAGCUGCACAGCGAGCAGAUCAUCGGCUUCUCCCUCCACUACCAGAAGGCACGGGGCAUGGACAAUGUGGAAUACCAGUUUGCAGUGAACAAUGACACCACAGAGCUGCAGGUUCGGGACCUGGAACCCAACACCGAUUAUGAGUUCUACGUGGUGGCCUACUCCCAGCUAGGGGCCAGCCGCACCUCCACCCCAGCGCUGGUCCACACACUGGAUGAUGUCCCCAGUGCAGCGCCCCAGCUCUCCCUGUCCAGCCCCAACCCCUUGGACAUCAGGGUGGCGUGGCUGCCCCUGCCUCCCAGCCUGAGCAAUGGGCAGGUGGUGAAGUACAAGAUAGAGUACGGUUUGGGAAAGGAAGAUCAGGUUUUCUCCACCGAGGUGCCUGGAAAUGAGACACAGUUUACACUGAGUGCACUUCAGCCCAACAAGGUGUAUCGAGUCCGGAUUUCGGCUGGCACCGGGGCUGGCUAUGGGACCCCUUCCCAGUGGAUGCAGCACCGGACGCCCAGUAUGCACAACCAGAGCCACGUCCCUUUUGCCCCUGCAGAGUUGAAGGUCCGGGCAAGGAUGGAGUCCCUGGUGGUGUCGUGGCAGCCGCCCCCCCACCCCGCCCAGAUCUCUGGCUACAAACUCUACUGGCGGGAGGUGGGGGCCGAGGAGGAGGCUGGUGGUGAGAGUCCCCCAGGGGGCCGCGGAGACCAGGCCUGGGAUGUGGGGCCUGUCCGGCUCAAGAAGAAAGUGAAGCAGUAUGAGCUGACCCAGCUAGCCCCUGGCCGGCUGUACGAGGUGAAGCUUGUGGCAUUCAACAAACACGAGGACGGCUAUGCGGCAGUGUGGAAGGGCAAAACAGAAAAGGCUCCCACGCCAGACUUGCCCAUCCAGAGGGGACCACCCUUGCCCCCUGCCCACGUCCAUGCUGAAUCAAACAGCUCCACGUCCAUUUGGCUUCGGUGGAAAAAGCCAGACUUCACCACAGUCAAGAUUGUCAACUACACUGUGCGUUUCAGCCCCUGGGGGCUCAGGAAUGCCUCUUUGGUCACCUAUUACACCAGCUCUGGAGAAGACAUCCUCAUUGGUGGGCUGAAGCCAUUCACCAAAUACGAGUUUGCGGUACAGUCUCACGGUGUGGACAUGGACGGGCCCUUCGGUUCCGUGGUGGAACGCUCCACCCUGCCUGACCGGCCCUCGACACCCCCAUCUGACCUGCGCCUGAGCCCCCUGACACCGUCCACCGUUCGGCUGCACUGGUGCCCCCCUACAGAGCCCAAUGGAGAGAUCGUGGAGUAUCUGAUCCUAUACAGCAACAAUCACAGCCAGCCUGAGCACCAGUGGACCCUGCUCACCACAGAGGGAAACAUCUUCAGUGCUGAGGUACACGGCCUUGAGAGCGACACCAGGUACUUCUUCAAGAUGGGGGCACGCACAGAGGUGGGGCCUGGGCCCUUCUCUGGCCUGCAGGAUGUGAUCACUCUCCAGGAGAAGCUCUCAGACUCCUUGGACGUGCACUCGGUCACAGGCAUCAUUGUGGGUGUCUGCUUGGGCCUCCUCUGCCUCCUGGCCUGUAUGUGUGCCGGCCUGCGCCGCAGCCCCCACAGGGAAGCCCUCCCAGGCCUCUCCUCCACGGCCAACACUGGGAACCCCGCCCUGUACUCUCGAGCCCGCCUUGGCCCCCCGAGUCCCCCAGCUGCCCAUGAGCUGGAGUCCCUUGUGCACCCCCGCCCCCAGGACUGGUCUCCACCGCCCUCAGACAUCGAGGACAGGGCUGAAGUGCACAGCCUUAUGGGUGGCGGUGCUUCGGACUGCCGGGGUCACUCCAAGAGGAAGAUCUCCUGGGCUCAGCCAGGUGGGCCAAGCUGGGCAGGUUCCUGGGCGGGCUGUGAGCUGCCCCAAGCAGGCACCAUGCCAUCUCUGACCCGGGCGCUGCUGCCCCCUGCUGGAACGGGGCAGACGCUGUUGCUGCAGGCUCUGGUGUAUGACGCCAUAAAGGGCAAUGGCAGGAAGAAGCCGCCCCCAGCCUGCAGGAAUCAGGUGGAGGCUGAAGUCAUUGUCCACUCUGACUUUAGUGCAUCCAAAGGGAACCCGGACCUCCACCUCCACGACCUGGAACCUGAGGAUCCCCUGCCUUCGGAAGCUCCUGACCUCACUUCGGGAGUCGUGGAUCUCGGGCAAGGGGUAGACUGGCUGGACAGGGAGGUGGGCGGAUGUGAGCAGGCAACCACUGGGCCAGACAGACUUACCUGCCUGCCAGAGGCAGCCAACGUGUCUUAUCCGUACCGGGACCUCCAGCCCAGUGAGGCUCUGGAGGAGGCCCCUGGGAACAGCUGCCAGCCAAAGGCCCCCUGCUCUCUAGGAACCAGCCCGGGCCUGCCCAGAGCCCCAGUCCCCUCCUCUGCCUAGCUCCCCUAGGCGUGCAG